UAAAAAAAUAAAUAAAUGAUGUACGCUUAUCUGUAUGACCAUAAAGAACUAUAGGCCAUUAAGAUUCCUCUGCUGAGGAACAAUCCAAGUGAGUGCAUGUGCUUUGAUAUUCUAUGUGUUAUUAUUUUGUUUCUCAGUUUCUGACAAGAACGAGGCAGGACAGGUUUCCGUGAGGGCAAAAUGCUUCAGGUCGAUGAGGAAAAAUGAGAGAUCACACAACUUGAGUGUAGGGGAAUGAGAUCAGGUUCAAUGUAAUAAGGUUUACAGUGUCUGCUCUCUGGGAAUUAAAUAUUAUUUGUUUUUGUUUGUUUUGUUUUAAUACAGAUAGUGAUUGUAAUAGACAGGCUUACUGGACCGCUGGACACUCAGUGUUUUCUAACAAGUAUUUACAUAGUAAUGUAAUGCCUACUAUAUAGGUCUAAUAUGAUUCCCAUAGAGCAGAGUUGUUUGGCUUGCCAACAUUUGACACUGUAGCCCAAGGAAGGUUUAAACACUAGCUACAGUGUAAACUAGGAUAAUUAACUAUUAAAUUUAUCAUUUAUUCCGUAAUACCACAAUGACUAUGAUUGUCUAGAUCCUAAAACACCUAGGAUAUAUUUUUAAUUGAUAUAUCUAUUUUGUUUACAGGUUGUUCUCAAACACUCCAAGCCUGUUGAGCUGUUGGCCUAUCAGUGCUCAUGUGUGGCAGGGCUUGCUCUAUGUAAUCAUAUUGCAGCAUUGCUCUUCCAAACAGCACAUUACAGCCAACAGGGAGCGACAGCUGUCCCCCCUACUCACAGCUGCACAGGGUCUGAGCAGCAAUGGCAUAAACCCAGGACUCAGGGCUUUAAGCCUGGCCCAACCAAUGAAAUGGUGAUAUUGUCAGCUAGGCCCAAGGAGAGAAGAUUAGCAGAAGGCAUCAGGAGCAACCUGUAUAAAGCAGCCUGUAACCUGACCUGUGGCCUCCCAGACAUGUCAGUUCUGCGGGUGAAUGAUAUUUACGAAGGCAUGUCAAGAGAAACUGCUCCUUUAAUAACCACCAUGGGGAUUUCAGGGGAUGUGCCUUUGGUGGACAGUGUUUUUGGAAAAGUCCAAGAAGGGAGUUUACUCUCUUAUCAACUUCCAGCAUGGAGCCCUCCAAAGACCUGUCCACAUACCACCGCACCACCACGACCAUCUUUACCCCUUGAUGGCUACUGUCUGGGUCCCUCAGAGUGCUGUUUUGUGUUGACUCACCAUCAGCAGCUACACAUGACUUCUCUAGCAACAACAGAGGUCAUGGCACACCAAAUUGAGAUGGGCACAAGACAACAAAGCUCAAUGAAAGAAUGGCAUUUAUUGAGAAAGCCACGUGUGACUUCUUCUAGAUUCAGAGAAGUUUGCCAUGUGAGAGGGCAGUCCUCAGCGGAGAGUCUAGCAGUAAGAAUUUUGCGGUCUGGCUUUCAGUCUGCAGAAAUGAAGAGGGGCCUUCAGAUGGAGCCCAAAGCUAUUGAAGAGUACUGCUGCAUUCAGGAGGUAAAUCACUACCCUUGUGGUUUUAUCAUCCACCCCGAUGCACCUUGGCUUGGCUCAUCACCAGAUGGGUUGGUGUAUGACCCUAAAGCGAAUCCUGUGUUUGGACUGGUGGAAGUUAAGUGCCCAAAUUUGAGAAGUUAUGUGGACUGUUCCUACCUUAGGGUCUCUGGUGGAGUGCUACAGCUCAAACAGUCUCAUACUUAUUACUGGCAGGUGCAGGGCCAACUACUCAUUUCCGGAUUAAAGUGGUGUGAUUUUGUUGUAUACACUGAAGACGACAUGUUCAUACAAAGAAUAUACAGAGAUGAGGGAGUCAUUGAAACAAUCAAGCAAAGGGUUGAUUACUUUUACUUUUACUUUUAUCUUCCAACACUUAUGGCUUGAAAUGUUCAGCUAUUCAGUUAUUUCAGUCCAUUCAAUCAAUCAAUUUCCCUCAAUUUGUACAUAUCUUUUGGCCCAUGUUUUAUUUUGAACUGUUUCCAUAAAGGUACAGGUACUACAGGAUCUGUUGUCAACUUAUUAAAUGAUAGAUUUUCCUAUACAUGUUAUUAUUAUUUGUGUGUUCUAAAUUUAUACUUCAUUAGUACUUAGUGUGUGUGUAUAUAUAUUCAUUGUAUAUAUGGAAAUGAUUCAACUGUGUAUAUAUGGGAAAUUAUUUUU